UCCCCCAGCAAGCGCGCCAGGUCUACGGAGGAGGGGGGCAUGCGUAUCCGCUUUGCCCGGCUCUCGGAGCACGCCACGGCCCCGACCAAGGGGUCGGCGCGGGCGGCAGGCUAUGACCUGUACAGUGCCUAUGAUUAUACAGUACCACCCAUGGGGAAAGCCCUUGUGAAAACAGACAUUCAGAUAGCCCUUCCUUCUGGAUGUUAUGGAAGAGUAGCUCCACGUUCUGGCUUGGCUGCAAAACACUUCAUAGAUGUAGGAGCUGGUGUCAUAGAUGAAGACUAUAGAGGAAAUGUUGGUGUUGUGUUAUUUAAUUUUGGCACAGAAAAGUUUGAAGUGAAAAAGGGUGAUCGAAUUGCACAGCUGAUUUGUGAACGCAUUUUUUAUCCAGAAAUAGAGGAAGUUCAAGUUUUGGAUGUCACUGAAAGGGGUUCAGGAGGUUUUGGUUCCACUGGAAAAAAUUAAAAUUUAUGCCAAGAAUGGAAAACAUACUUUUAUCCCUUAAAAUCACUUUUACUUAAAAUGUUUUGGUGUUCCUGCUCCUGUAAACUUAAUAGCCUUAUUAACCUCUAAAAAAAAUCUAGUUUUCUUAAGAUCAAGGAAACCUCUGGUGGGAUCGCAUAGAAACUUCUUGUGUUUUUCUGCUCAGCGAUUGUUGUAUGUAAAUCUGCUUUAGUACCCUAAAACAAGCAAUUUCUUUUUCAGUUCAUUUUAUGUAUAAAUGUGUAUCUUUUGGAAAGUGUGUAUUAUUUAAUUCACUAAAUGCUACCCCUUCAGCAACUUAUUUUGCUUUAAUUGCUUUAUGAACCAUAAACAAUGUCUUAUUCAGUAAACUCGAAUUCUUUCAAAAAGGUAAAUUAUUGCAUAAACUGAACUAAAAGAUAAUAAAAAGGAGAGGUUAAAGUUA